ACCCCCUUCGAGUUUCGCUCUCUGUUCCCUUCUUCCCAAAAUUAGGGUUUUCAAUUUCAUGUGUUGAAAACCCAAAAAAAUUUCCUCACUCCUCUCUCCAAUUUAGGGUUUUCCAUGCAUUCCUCUCUCUGAAUCUCGCGCUUCGAGGCAUCUUUCGAUAAAGCGAUCGAACAGUAAUUCCGCGGCUACAUUCUUAUAUAUCUCAGUUGCUCCGCCUCAUUUUUUUUUUUCCGAUUUGGUGCGAAGCUGUUUGGCUAAAUUACUGCCAUCAAUGCGGAGGUAAUCAGCUUUAUCUGAUUUUGAUCCAUCGUUUUUUGUUCCAUGUAAUUACGUUUUGCGCACGCUUAUCAUGGCCUCAAUGCUUGUAGAAAUGCGGUAAAGCUUUUGAUUCUGUGUUCGUGUCGAAAUCGAAAUAUUUGUUCAGUGUAGUUUCGGGCCUUUGGGCUCUGAUUUUGUGUUGAAAUGAUUAAGCAAAUAUUCGGAAAGAUUCCGCGAAAGCAAUCUUCGAAGUUAUCCCAGUACGAUUCGAACAACAAUGGCGUCUCGUCUUUCCCCCCUGGCAAUUCAAAUUCAUCUUUGGGCAAUUUGGGUCCGUCUCGGCCCACUAGCAACGGGACGUACUCUUCGACGAUAUCGGGAACUCAAGCGGGGCCCACAAUGGCAAAUUAUGUGGCUGUUUGCGAGGCUUUGCCGAGUUUGAGGGAUGUUCCGAGCUCAGAAAGGCAGAAUCUUUUUAUCAAAAAGCUGACCAUGUGUACUGUAGUGUUUGAUUUCACCGACCCGGCAACGAAUUUGAAUGAAAAGGAUGUCAAGAGAAAGAUCCUGCUUGAGUUGGUCGACUAUUUAUCUUCGGUGAAUUCGAAGUUCAGCGAGGUUGCCAUGCAGGAAAUGACGAAAAUGGUCUCGGCUAAUCUUUUUAGAGCGCUGCCUUCGUCUAAUAAGCUCUCGGGUGAUGUGUACGACCCCGAAGAAGAUGAGCCGACUGUGGAACCUUCUUGGCCACAUAUUCAGAUCGCGUACGAGUUCUUAUUGAGAUUUGUGUCUUCGUCAGAGACAGAUGCUAAGCUUGCUAAAAGAUACAUCGACCACUCGUUCGUGCUGAGAUUGCUGGAUCUUUUUGAUUCGGAGGAUCACAGAGAGAGGGAGUACUUGAAGAUGAUUCUACAUCGCGUGUAUGGAAAAUUUAUGGUGCACAGGCCGUUUAUUAGGAAAGCGAUCAACAAUAUCUUCCAUAAUUUCAUUUUCGAGACGGAGAAGCACAACGGGAUUGCGGAAUUGCUGGAGAUUUUGGGAAGUAUAAUUAAUGGGUUCGCUUUGCCUUUAAAAGAAGAGCAUAAACUCUUUCUUGUCCACGCUCUGAUUCCCCUUCACAAACCAAAGUGCGUGUCUGCAUAUCAUCAGCAGUUAUCUUAUUGUAUAACUCAGUUUGUGGAGAAAGAUUUUAAGCUGGCUGACACUGUUAUCCGUGGUCUUUUGAAGUACUGGCCUUUAACUAAUAGUUCGAAGGAGGUUAUGUUUAUCAGUGAAAUGGAGGAAGUCCUCGAAGCGACACAGGCUGCUGAAUUUCAACGCUGCAUGGUUCCUUUGUUCCGUCAAAUUGGUCGCUGUAUUAAUAGCUCGCAUUUUCAGGUGGCUGAACGUGCACUCUUCCUGUGGAACAACGACCACAUACGGAAUCUAAUUACUCAGAACCAAAAAGUGAUACUCCCUAUAAUACUACCUUCUUUGGAGAAGAAUGCACGUAAUCACUGGAACCAGGCCGUUCAGAGUUUAACAUUAAAUGUGCGCAAGAUAUUCUCCGAUGCUGACCAAUCGCUUUUCGACGAGUGCUUAGCGAAAUUUCAAGAAAACGAGAUCAAGGAAAAGGAAAUGAUGGAAAGACGGGAAUUCAUCUGGAAGCGUCUAGAAGAUUGCGCUGCUAAUGCUGCUGCUUCUAAUUCCUUGAGAAACGAGGCGUUGCUUGUAUCUAUAUUUCCUUCGUCCGUUGCUAUAGCUACCAGCACUAAUUCAAGGGCCAUUCAGUAAAAUGCCAAAACUAAUCCCAUCAUUAUUAUCUGAUUGGAUUACUCUGCAUUUUGCUGCAGAAAAAAAAAAAAAGAAAACUGAAGGGUUGAAAGUUCUGUGGAUAUGUUGAUUUAUUUCCUUUUUCUUUUCUUUUUUUCUUUAAUUUUUUUUUUAAUUUUAAUUUUUUUUUUGUUGUGUUUAUUUUGUACAAGGGGGUUGGUUGAAGGUCUUGUCUUAUGUUAAUUUUUACAUGAUGUUUAUGUUUACUUGGGACAAGUUUGAUGCAAAAAAUUGAUUUUCUUUUGUAAUCCAAAAAUGUAUUAUCAGAUUCUGCAAUGUAUGCUUUCAUAUGUAAUAUUCUCUUGGUAGGUGU